AUGUGUAUUGAAGUAGAAGUUGUAACUACAUAUAUUGAACUGGAAGUUGUAACUACUUACAUUGGACUAGAAGUUGUAACUACGUGCAUUGAACUGGAAGUUGUAACUAUGUUUGUAACUACUUACAUUGAACUAGAAGUUGCAACUACUUGCAUUGAACUAGAAGUUACAACUACUUACAUUGAACUAGAAGUUGUAACUACGUGUAUUCAACUAGAAGUUGUAACUACUUACAUUGAACUAGAAGUUGCAACUACUUACAUUGAACUAGAAGUUGUAACUACUUACAUUGAACUAGAAGUUGCAACUACUUGCAUUGAGCUGGAAGUUGUAACUACUUAUAUUGAACUGGAAGUUGUAACUACUUACAUUGAGCUGGAAGUUGUAACUAUUUACAUUGAACUGGAAGUUGCAACUACAUUCAUUGAACUGGAAGUUGUAACUACUUACAUUGAACUAGAAGUUACAACUACUUGCAUUGAACUAGAAGUUGCAACUACUUACAUUGAACUAGAAGUUUUAACUAUUUACAUUGAACUGGAAGUUGUAACUACUUACAUUGAACUGGAAGUUGCAACUACUUACAUUGAACUGGAAGUUGUAACUACUUACAUUGAACUAGAAGUUGCAACUACUUACAUUGAACUAGAAGUUGCAACUACUUGCAUUGAACUAGAAGUUGCAACUACUUGCAUUGAACUAGAAGUUGCAACUACUUACAUUGAACUGGAAGUUGUAACUACUUACAUUGAACUAGAAGUUGCAACUACUUGCAUUGAACUAGAAGUUGUAACUACGUAUAUUGAACUAGGAAAAGUUUUAACUACUUACAUUGAACUGGAAGUUGUAACUACUUACAUUGAACUAGAAGUUGUAACUACUUACAUUGAACUAGAAGUUGUAACUACUUACAUUGAAUUAGAAGUUGUAACUACUUACAUUGAACUAGAAGUUGUAACUACGUGUAUUGAACUAGCAGUUGUAACUACGUGUAUUGAACUAGAAGUUUUGACUACGUGUAUUGAACUACAAAUUGUAACUACUUACAUUGAACUGGAAGUUGCAACUACUUACGUUGAUCUGGUAGUUGUAACUACUUACAUUGAACUAGAAGUUGCAACUACUUGCAUUGAACUAGAAGUUACAACUACUUACAUUGAACUAGAAGUUGUAACUACGUGUAUUCAACUAGAAGUUGUAACUACUUACAUUGAACUAGAAGUUGCAACUACUUACAUUGAACUAGAAGUUGUAACUACUUAUAUUGAACUAGAAGUUGCAACUACUUGCAUUGAGCUGGAAGUUGUAACUACUUAUAUUGAACUGGAAGUUGUAACUACUUACAUUGAGCUGGAAGUUGUAACUAUUUACAUUGAACUGGAAGUUGCAACUACAUACAUUGAACUGGAAGUUGUAACUACUUACAUUGAACUAGAAGUUACAACUACUUGCAUUGAACUAGAAGUUGCAACUACUUACAUUGAACUAGAAGUUUUAACUAUUUACAUUGAACUGGAAGUUGUAACUACUUACAUUGAACUGGAAGUUGCAACUACUUACAUUGAACUGGAAGUUGUAACUACUUACAUUGAACUAGAAGUUGCAACUACUUACAUUGAACUAGAAGUUGCAACUACUUGCAUUGAACUAGAAGUUGCAACUACUUGCAUUGAACUAGAAGUUGCAACUACUUACAUUGAACUGGAAGUUGUAACUACUUACAUUGAACUAGAAGUUGCAACUACUUGCAUUGAACUAGAAGUUGUAACUACGUAUAUUGAACUAGGAAAAGUUUUAACUACUUACAUUGAACUGGAAGUUGUAACUACUUACAUUGAACUAGAAGUUGUAACUACUUACAUUGAACUAGAAGUUGUAACUACUUACAUUGAAUUAGAAGUUGUAACUACAUACAUUGAACUGGAAGUUGUAACUACUUACAUUGAACUAGAAGUUGUAACUACUUACAUUGAACUAGAAGUUGUAACUACUUACAUUGAACUAGAAGUUGCAACUACUUGCAUUGAACUAGAAGUUGUAACUACGUAUAUUGAACUGGAAGUUGUUACUACUUACAUUGAGCUGGAAGUUGUAACUAUUUACAUUGAACUGGAAGUUGCAACUACUUACAUUGAACUGGAAGUUGUAACUACUUGCAUUGAACUAGAAGUUGCAACUACUUGCAUUGAACUAGAAGUUGCAACUACUUACAUUGAAUUAGAAGUUUUAACUACUUACAUUGAACUUGAAAUUGUAACUACUUACAUUGAACUGGAAGUUGCAACUACAUAUAUUGAACUGGAAGUUGCAACUACUUACAUUGAACUAGAAGUUGUAACUACUUACAUUGAACUAGAAGUUGUAACUACAUAUAUUGAACUAGAAGUUGCAACUACUUGCAUUGAGCUGGAAGUUGUAACUAUUUACAUUGAACUGAAAGUUGCAACUACUUACAUUGAACUGGAAGUUGUAACUACUUACAUUGAACUAGAAGUUGCAACUACUUGCAUUGAACUAGAAGUUGCAACUACUUACAUUGAACUAGAAGUUUUAACUACUUACAUUGAACUGGAAGUUGUAACUACUAACAUUGAACUGGAAGUUGCAACUACUUACAUUGAACUGGAAGUUGUAACUACUUACAUUGAACUAGAAGUUGCAACUACUUGCAUUGAACUAGAAGUUGUAACUACGUAUAUUGAACUGGAAGUUGUAACUACUUACAUUGAGCUGGAAGUUGUAACUAUUUACAUUGAACUGGAAGUUGCAACUACUUACAUUGAACUAGAAGUUGCAACUACUUGCAUUGAACUAGAAGUUGCAACUACUUACAUUGAACUAGAAGUUGCAACUACUUGCAUUGAACUAGAAGUUGCAACUACUUACAUUGAACUAGAAGUUGUAACUACUUACAUUGAACUGGAAGUUGUAACUACAUAUAUUGAAAUGGAAGUUGCAACUACUAACAUUGAACUAGAAGUUGCAACUACUUACAUUGAACUAGAAGUUGUAACUACUAUAUUAAACUGGAAGUUGUGA